AAAAAUCAACUCGACAUCACCCGUUCAUGGACUGAUAUUCACAAGCAUUCAUUGAUAUCCACUACUAGGACUCUAAUUUCGCCGUAUCAUCGGAGAUGGUCUUAUGAUGUUUCCUGCUGGCCUCACUCGCAUCAUUUAAAUACACCUCGAAUCGAUUUCACCUUGAUCUUCCUCUCUUACCAACGACUUGAAGCUCAUCAACCGUAUACACUAUCAUGGCCUCAAUCGUACUGAAGCGAACCCAGCACAAGAUGCCCGUCGUUGGCUUCGGUCUGUGGAAGGUCACCAAAUCUUCCUGUGCAGACACUGUCUACGCUGCUAUCAAAGCUGGCUAUCGAUUGUUCGAUGGUGCCGGUGAUUACGGGAACGAGAAGGAAGCUGGAGAAGGAGUGCGACGUGCAUUGAGCGAGGGUAUCGUGAACAGAGAGGAUUUAUUCAUCACAUCCAAGCUUUGGAACACUUUCCAUGCGAAAGAGCAUGUGAACAAGAUUGCGAAGAUGCAGCUCAAGUUAUGGGGAUUGGACUACUUUGAUCUUUUCCUGAUCCACUUCCCUAUCGCUCUUCAGUAUGUCGAUCCUGCUCACAGAUACCCUCCGGAAUGGUGGGGAGACGACGGUAAGAGCGUAACUCUCGAGAGAAUCCCUUUGCAAGAAACAUGGACCUGCAUGGAAGAGCUGGUUGAUCAAGGCGUUGCAAAGAAUAUCGGUAUCAGAUACGCGCGCAUUGAGCCACAAGUUCUUCAAGUCGAGAUUCACCCUUACCUUUCCCAAGAACAACUCCUCAAGUUCGCGAAGACUCUCGGUAUUGCUGUCACAGCCUACAGCUCCUUCGGACCCCAAAGUUAUCUCGAACUUGGCAUGGACAAAGGAGUGACUGCUUUGUUCGAACAUGAUGUUGUCACUAGUGCUGCGUCGAAGGUUGGCAAAACACCUGCGCAAGUGCUUCUUCGCUGGGCUAUACAGCGAGGUAUGGCGGUGAUCCCCAAGAGUAAUAGUUCGGACCGCUUGGUACAGAAUUUGCAGAGUGAAGACUUUGAGCUGAGCGAGGAUGACAUGAAAGCCAUCAGUGGGCUGAACAUCAAUCUCAGGUUGAACGAUCCCGCCGAAAUUGACCCUCGCAUGGCCAUCUUUGCCUGAACUCAUUGUUUAUGCUAUAUGAUAUAACUGUUUUCUGGUCCUAUACACGCUACACGCUCGAGCUC